UGAAUGGGAGAAUUCUAUUCAGACAACAAUGGGAAAUGCUUUAAGUUAAGGUAAAUUCAAUAAAUGUGUGUCGCAGUCUAUCAUUAGGUUAUGAGGACGAUUUUACGAAAUUUAGGAUGAAAAGUUUGAUGAAACUUCACUGCAGUUCUUCUUUUAAGAAAUCCCAAAGAUUUAAAAUAAUUUACUGUCGUAAAAGUGAUAGCUUAUUUCACACAAACGUAGGCUCUCCUUAUUAAAUAGUGGUUAAAUUUCAUAUUUCUGGUUGGUUGGUGCCGAUUUGAGUAAAUAUGUAAUGAAUUUUUAUUCAACAUAAAAAGUUUUCUUACUUAAUUAUACUUCAAACCAUGGACACUUGCUAGCACAAUCACCAACAUCUAUGAUGCUAUCCGCCAUAAGAAACUUAAAGUGUAAAAGUUGAAGUCUCCUGACUGUACUGAAAAUGAAGCUCGUGCUCGCCUUAUGUCAGUUACUUCUGCUUAUUGAAGGUACGUCAUCGAACUGGGAAGACUGGUGGACUUACGACGGUAUAUCUGGGCCUAACUUUUGGGGCUUAUUGAAUCCAGAGUGGAGUCUGUGUAACAAAGGUCGUCGCCAAUCUCCUAUUGAUAUAGAUCCUGUGGCUUUGCUCUUUGAUCCCUAUCUACGCCUAAUCCACGUGGACAAAUUUAGAGUCAGCGGUACGAUAAAAAAUACUGGGCACAGCAUCAUUUUCGAGGCAGAUACAACCCCAUCUGUGGCCAAAAUAAACAUUACGGGUGGCCCUCUGUCCUACAAAUACCGUUUCCACGAGAUUCAUAUUCAUUAUGGAAGGGUGGACAGCAGAGGUUCAGAGCACUCCAUUGGUGGAUAUGCUUUUCCUGCCGAAUUACAGAUAAUUGGUUACAACUCCGAUCUGUACCCAAAUAUUACUGAAGCAGUAAGAUUACAUAAAAACCAAGGACUGGUAGGUGUAUCCGUUAUGUUACAGUCUGGUGAUCUUUCAAAUGCGGAACUUCGAAUUCUAACAAACCAGCUUGAAAAAAUACGCUUUCGAGGACAGAAAGCACAUAUUGGUCAUCUGUCCGUCCGCGAGCUCCUACCUGACACAGACUUCUACAUAACUUACGAAGGUUCAACAACGCUUCCGGGAUGUUACGAGACCAUAACGUGGAUUAUUAUGAACAAACCAAUAUAUAUCACCAAACAACAGUUGUUCGCUUUAAGAAAAUUGAAACAGGGUGACGAAGGAAAACCGAAAGCACCCUUGGCUGAUAAUUAUCGUCCGGCUCAGCCACUCAAUCAUCGAGUGUUGAGAACAAAUAUUGAUUUCAGAAGAAAACAAGGAAAAAGCUGUCCAACUAUGUACAAGGAUCACUUCUAUGAGGCCAACUCACCGUUAUGGAAUACAGGCUCUUGAUUUCUUCAGGUUCAGAGCUUUGUUUGUGUAAAAAGUAGUGUGGUCAAUGUGGAAAACACCAAAGCCUGGGCCCGCCUCAUCAUAUCAUUUUUCAAAUUUGUGAAUUAUACACCUACGAUUAUAAAGAGGCUCUAGUCAACGAUGUAGUGCUCUUUCCUUUACGUUCCUGGCUACAAAGUUCAAUACCCAGCAAUCUGUAUACCAAACUAUAAUUAAAUUGAUCAUUUACAGAGAAUAAACCUUCAUCACCAAAUUCAAUACUGGUGUUUCUGCAGAAAGUCGUCUUCAACAUUAUAAUCUAACUUAUUCUACACUUGUAAUACUUGUACCUUAGAAAUCUCAUCCACGGAAGAAGAUUUGGGUCUUUAUCUUGAUAAUAAAGCUUAAGCCUUUUACAAAGAAGGUGUGAAUACUUCCAUGAGAAGUUUCCAACAAAGUAAACGUAUGGUUUUUCAACUGGCAGAUUUCCGUCGUGUCAAGUUCUGUCUUGUUCCGUAAUGACACGUGAAAUACAGAUAUUGUUUGGAUAAAGAAUAUCUUAAAUACACAUAAGAGGCGGACUACAAAGGAUUUUCUCGCAUUUGAAUGUUUUUCAAUAUAUUUCAAGUUUAUAUCACGUCACAAAAUGAAAAAGCUUUAUCAUACACUGUGAACUUGUUUUUAUCGGUGUUUAACCUCAACAAAAGUGUAGCCUAUAGUUCUGUUGAAAAUAGGAGGUUCAUUUUUGACUUCACAAUUCAAUGAGCCAUGAAUAAACUGAAGUCGAAACCCUCAAGAAAAUAUUCAACACAUUGACUCUUCGUCGGAGUUUCGUCCAUUACUUAAAACAAGAGAAAGGAUAUUAACGUUUGACUCACAAGUUGUGCUUAUUUGUUUUGUUGGAAAAUAAUAACAUUGUAUUAUGUUAUACCACGAUCUUUGAGAUCAUUUUCUUGGUGAAAUUUAGAACAGACAUAUAAAAAAAGUGUAAACUUCAAUUCCUUAAUGUCGUAUUGCCUGGUCGGAUGCUUUCCGACAGUAUUUCAAUGCGUAAAAUUUUAAUUCUU